CUCUCUGUCUAGUUCUCCAAGAAAAAGAGUUUACGUUCUCUCUAAGGGAAAAACCAUCAAACAAUGAGAGACGACCAGCAGAAACUGAUCUCAUCAUUCAUGGAGAUUGCUAUUGGUCAAACCAAAGACACCACAAUACAAUUCCUAAAGGCAACGAGCUGGAACCUGGAAGAAGCUAUUAACCUCUUUAUCAUUCACAGAGAGAAUCAACCUCUAUGUCAACAAAACGCAACAGAGCUGCAUAGGAGUGAUUAUCAAGAAGAAGAACAUAUCCGUCCUCCUUUACCUUCGAUUAGGGAUACUCUCUAUGACUCAUCUUACAUGUAUCAAACUCCGGUUCAAGUAUGUCCUGAAGAGAUCUGGGACGCGGAAUCAGAACCGUCAGAAGAUUCGGACACUGAUGUUGGACCAGAUUCCAAACCAGAACCCUCAGAAGAGUCGAGGAGGUUGUCUUCUUUGUUCCGUGCUCCUCUGAAACUUCUUUUCCAAGGUACGUUUGAAGAGGCGAAAUCAACAUCUUCCAGACAGAACCUAUGGCUGCUAGUCAAUCUCCAGUCCACGACCGAGUUUGCUUCUCACAUGCUAAACCGAGAUUUAUGGGCUAACGAAAUUGUUUCUCAAGCCAUUGAGUCUAGCUUUAUCUUAUCGCAAGUCUAUGAUGAUACCACGGAAGGAAAGAAAGUCUCUACUUUCUACCGCAUCGAAUCUGCUCCUCCUGUGGUGCUUCUCAUCGAUCCCAUCACUGGUCAGAAUAUGCGUUCUUGGAGUGGCGCAAUUGAAGCUCAUGGUUUUGUGGAGGAUUUGAUGAAGUACAUGGAUGAUGGUCCGCAUCAAUACAUGGCUUCUUCAACAAGAAACAAACGUAUGAAGACCGAUAAGAUUUCCUCUGAAAGCAGCCAGACUGGGAUGCCCGAACUUGCAAGAAACCAGACUAUUAGUCACAUUGUGGUACCGUCUUGGGGGCUCGAGUUUGAAAAAUCAGCAGAAGUGAAGCAGGAGGAGGAGACUUGUUUAAGGUAUCCAGAUUUAACAGAAGAGCCAAAUGGAGACUGUGAUCGAAGCCUUGUGUGCAGUCUAUGUGUUCGGUUUCCAGAUGGGAGAAGAAAGCAGAGGAAGUUUCUCAAGACCGAACCUAUUCAGCUUCUCUGGUCUUUCUGUUAUUCUCAGAUGGUGGAGUCUGAAAAAAAGGCGUUUAAGCUAGUACAAGCCAUCCCUGGUGCUUCCAAGACUCUGGAGUAUGGACCUAACGCAACUUUCGACCAAUCUGGCCUCGCAAACUCGAUGAUCUCGAUUACCUGGGAGUGAAGAUUCAUUUACUAUUAUUAAAUUAUUUUCAUAUGUAAAUUUUGAUUGAUUUAUAGAAAGAAUGAGACAAUGACAAGGUGAAAGAAGAUUAAUGCCAUACAUGAUAACAUCUGCAAACCAGACUCUCCAAGUCAAAAGUUAUAACGUUUUACUAAUUUAAGCGACCUUGUUUGACGGCUAUUACAUAUUUUCUUCACGUUUAUCUAAUCAUCAACAUGAUUAGUUGAUUUUAGUUCACAGCUUAAUCCAAAUUGUCUCUUUUUUUUUCUAUAUCAACAUUGCGUCAUUU